AUGGACAGCUUUACAUUCAUCGUUGAGUGUGGCGACACUACAACCAUUUCAAAUGAAGAUUUUACAAAUCAUCCGUGCGAUCUGCACCUAAGCGUGGAUGAAUUGAUAGCUUCUGUAAACAACGAAAAUGCUACCAAUUCUCAUGGAGAGCCUCCUCGUCCAAAUAAUUCGUUUUUGCUGUUCAGAAGAAAUUUCACCGCUGGAAUUGUCGGGAUAACCAGAGACCAAAAUUUCAUUGCGGAGGUCUCAAUUCUUGCAGCUAAGGCUUGGAAGGAAGCCACACCGCGUGUAAAGCAGUUCUUUGGUGCAAUGGCCGAAAAGGCAAAAACGGAACAUAAGCGCCGUUUCCCCGGGUACAGAUUCAACCCUAAGAGACAAAUACGGAAACGAUCUCCUAAAAAAGUAUCUUCCAAAAAAGUUGUUGUUCAACAAGAGGAACAACAUCAAUCAUUUUCGAUUGAUCAGCACUCUGAUCAAUUUUUUAUAUUUGAUCAAUCUGAUGAAAUUUUCACUCAAUCUGUUGAUCAAAAUUUCCCAUAA